AUGACUGAAGGACAUGCACCUUUCCGCGUCGGCACUGAAACCUACCAAACCUGGUACAAGGUUGUGGGCGACCUAGGGGCAGGGGGGAGGCCCAUUGUCUGCGUACACGGUGGAGGUGGGAUGACUCACCACUACAUGCUACCGCACAAAGAGCUCAACUCUCGUCUUGGCGUCCCCGUUAUAUUCUACGACCAGCUAGGGAAUGGAGAAUCGACCCGCAUUCCAGAUGCGCCCAAAGAAUUUUGGAAGGCCGAGUUGUGGGUGGACGAGCUCGAGAACCUAGUCAAGCAUCUAGGAAUUUCAGAUGACUUUGAUCUCCUUGGACACUCUUGGGGAGGUGGGUCGCUGUCUGCACUCCCGGGGAUCUUAUCGAUAAAUUGUGUAUCAGGGAUGCUUUCUGGACAGUUCACCGCGACUCGGGCACCAGCAGGACUCAAGAACUUGAUCAUAGCGGAUUUCCCUGCGUCGGUCCCUUUACUGCAGGCAUCAACGGACACGAUUCUCAAGCAAAAUCCUGAAGUUGCCGCCAUCAUUCAAAAGCACACUGAGGCGGGAACUUUUGCCGACCCAGGAUAUCUGGCUGCUACUCAAAUCCUCCAUAAGAAGCACUUCUGCACAAUCGAUCCUAUGCCCGAGGAUUUGAUGACAUCCGCCUUGUCCAUAAUGAAGGAUCCGACGGUGUUUUCCGCCAUGGUUGGUCCCUCCAGCUAUAACCUGGUGGGGAACUUAGUAGGCUGGUCUAUUAUCGACAAGCUCCACAACAUCACAUGUCCGGUGCUGCUCCUUAGCUCUCCGCACGAUGCAGUGCAGCCAUUUGCGAUCAUUCCGUGGUUUCAAAACAUCAAUAAGGUUAAGUGGGUCGAGCUGUACAACAGUUCGCAUAUGCCCAUGUUCGAGGAGCCGGAGAGGUACUUCCAGGUCAUUGUAGAUUUCUUGACUCGAGAAUCUCCAAAUGCUCCGUUGGUAACAAAGUAG